AUGGCUUUCCACUUCCGGCCACUUUGCAUGUCCUCUGCUCUUCUGGUGGUGGUUCUCCAACUCCUGCAUGGCGUAUCCGGCCAACUUGUUGUGGUUGAGGACCCUGUUUCUGCUCCUCCGCCACCACUGGUCGAACAAGACGGCAGUGAUGGCAUUGUGCCCGCACUGUUUGUCUUUGGUGACUCUCUCAUAGACAAUGGGAACAACAAUAACAUCCCUUCCUUUGCUAAAGCUAAUUACUUUCCUUAUGGCAUCGAUUUCAGUGGAGGUCCGACCGGUAGGUUCUGCAAUGGCUUGACCAUGGUCGAUGGUAUUGCCCAACUAUUGGGGUUGCCGUUAAUUCCGGCGUACUCGGAAGCUACCGGAGAUCAAGUGCUACGUGGUGUCAACUACGCUUCCGCAGCAGCGGGUAUUCUUCCUGACACCGGAGGAAACUUUGUGGGGCGAAUACCGUUCGACCAGCAGAUUCAUAACUUUGAGACAACGUUAGAUCAGGUGGCUAGUAAGUCCGGUGGUGCAGUGACAAUUGCAGACUCGGUGGCUCGAAGCUUGUUCUUCAUUGGAAUGGGAAGCAACGACUAUCUGAACAAUUACUUGAUGCCCAACUUCCCUACCCGUAACCAAUACAACGCUCAACAAUUCGGUGACCUCUUGGUUCAGCAAUACACCAAUCAACUCACCAGAUUGUAUAAUCUAGGUGGUAGGAAAUUUAUAGUGUCCGGACUUGGAAGAAUGGGGUGCAUUCCUAGCAUUCUAGCUCAAGGAACCGACGGUAAAUGCUCGGAAGAAGUUAACCAACUUGUUCUUCCUUUCAACACAAACGUCAAGACAAUGAUCAAUAAUCUCAACCAGAAUCUUCCUGAUGCUAAAUUCAUUUACCUCGAUACCGCUAAUAUGGUCCAAGACAUCACCACUAACCCAGCCGUCUAUGGGUUUACUACUUUGGACAAGGGAUGUUGUGGGAUAGGACGGAACAGAGGACAGAUCACUUGUCUUCCCUUUGAAACGCCUUGCCCUAACAGAGAUCAGUACCUGUUUUGGGACGCUUUUCAUCCCACGGAGAAAGUAAAUCUCAUAAUGGCUAAGAGAGCGUUUGCUGGUGACCGCACUGUUGCGUUUCCUAUCAACAUUCAGGAACUGGCUAGUCUCAAUUAGAGACCAUCUUUUUAUUCUA